CUUGAUAUGGAACAUAUUUUGAAUUUCCCGGCAAAAUUUGAGGAAGUGACGUAAAGCCCUGGAAAUCCUGGCCAAUCAUAUUGCAGAGUCUUUGCCGCCAUCUUUGUCUCAAAAUAACGUGACAAGAGAUAUUUUCUUCUAAAAUAAGGAAUAUUUCAAGAUCUAAGCUACAAUUGGAGCCUGUAGGCAGGCAUGUCACAGGAAGGCGGAGGAAAGAUCAAACAGAGGCGAAAUAAUGCCCCGCCGAAGCCGUAUGCGCGUAAAAAGACUCUGUUUGGUCGAGUGAAGGAAUAUCUUCCAUCAUGGAUGUUCUCUAGAAGUCAAAGUCCUGUCACAACACAGAUUGAAGAUGGUUCACCCAGCACAUCUCACCAAAAUCAGCAAGUCAAUGAUUUCUACAGAGAACAGUAUGAACAGCAUGAAAAAUCAUUGAGGACUCCACAAAUUCAACAAGAUACCUCAUCAAACUUCCGACAUAGUACGCCAACAUUCCAGCCAGGUGGCCUGGGUCAGACACAGAGUGACCGCAGUCGGCCUUUUGUAUCGCCACCUGCAGAUGUGCCAUUUACUGCAUAUAAGGCACAACAAAAACAACAGCAACAACAACGGCCAACUCGGAGUGCACCACAACCACAAGCUGAUCUCCCAAAUGGAGAGAUAGACAAUAAAUCUGACAAGAGCGACUAUUCAGUAUCGACCAGUGGUUGCUCCUCGAUGAUUCCGCAUCCAGACAGGCGGGAUUACCAGAAAGAUAUCUUGCAACUGAAUGAAUCAAAAAUUCAACAACUGAGAGAAGACCUUACAGUGAGAGACACCCUGAAUAAACUAGAUACAACUGCAUCAAAGAACGAUACUACAGAGAGGAGUGCAAACAGUUCAAUGAAUGCAAGUUUCCUGUGGUCUGAUACAAGUGCCUCCAGAUCUAGACCUCAGUCUGCAGCAAAGAGUUCAAGACCUUCCUUUAAUACAUCCAUCUUUGGAACACCUGCACACUCAUCCAUGGCUGGAGGGAGCUCAAUCCUGGGAGAGAGUCAGUUAACAUCACCUUACUACCCUGGGAAGACAACAUUUGGUGGAGCUGCCUCACAGAGAAAGUCCAAGAGCAAACCAGGGACACCCUAUCAGGUUGCGAUGCCCAUUAGGAAACAAGUGAAAGUGAAGCCAUUGAAUAGAUCUACAGGUUCAGGAUUGACCAGUACUACUGCAAAACGUAUUAUGGACACAUUAGAGAAGAUGUCCACACCAUUGAAUGAUGCCAAGAAAAUUCCAUCAUCUAACUCAGCCCUCUCAGAUUCUGUCCUGUCUUUCACACCUACAAGCUACAGGAGGCCAGCUCGUCUACAGACACCAGCUAAGAGGAGUAGGCUUGAGACACCUUCAUUGGGUCCACCUAUAAACAAGCUAAAUGUCCCAACACAUGCAUCCAUAGCAAAGAAUAGGCAGAGCCAUAUUGCAAACACCCAGAUGCCCAUAGUGGCCUUAGAUGGUACUGGUAGUGCACAGGCAGGACCUAGCAACCCAAUGGCUGCACUCUCAAACAUGAGUGAGAAUGCCUAUUCAGCCCCUCAGUCUAAAGCCUCUGGUAAGAUGAGACGUGAGAAGGGCACACAUUACUCCAGUAAAAAGGACGAUGAAGACAUUAUGGAAAUUCCAAACUUACCUACAGAUGUGCAAUUAAACCUCAGUUCAGUGCCGAAAAUAAACUUUGGCUUUGCUACCUCUACUCCUGCUCCGUCAAACACUAAAGCAAUGACAGCGUCCAAGUCUCCACCAAUCCCAAUAGGGCAGCCAUCGUCAUUGAUGAGUGGAGGAAACGCAUUUCAGUUCGCGUCGCCUAUAAUGAUCAGAGACAAAACGCCUGGAAGUGUGAGCCCCGUCAACAGUCCUGGAUUCCAGUUCAGCUCUCCUAUUGAUAAGUCCCUGAAUGAAUCUGGAGAGAGGCAGGAGUCUGCUAAAGGCGCUAGUGUCAAAACUGCAGCUACAUUCAACCCACCAACCAAGACUGAUAUUGGAAAUUCAGGUGGAUUUAAAGCUGCAUCAGAGUUGAAGCAAGGCAGUGUUAUGGAUAUAUUGGGGAAAGCAGCCAACUCGAAACCCACCUCUUCUCCUGCCCCCUCUUCCCCAGCCCCCUCUUCACCUCCUAAGGCCCAGGUAUCUCAGCGUGGUGGGGUAGGGGUCGCCUCUCAACUAAAGACUGGCAGUGUCAUGGAUAUACUAGGAGGUGGCAAAAAUAAAGAUAAAAGUCCUAAUAAGGUGUCUGCAGCAGCGCCCCCAUUAAGCAGUCUUUUUAAACAGCCUGCUGGCAGUUGGGAGUGCCCUACAUGUAUGAUUAACAAUAAGGAAUCGGACUCUAAGUGUGUCGCAUGUACGACAUCAAAGCCUAAUGCAGUAUCUAAACCCCCAGCCUCCAAUAUUCUCAUUAAUACAGCAGGAGCUAAAUUUGGAAAGUCUAGUAACACAUGGGAGUGUGAAGUGUGUAUGAUAAACAAUAAAAAUGAGCUCAACAGUUGUGCAGCAUGUACAUCUGCUAAGCCCAAGCCCAGGAAAUCACAAAGCCUGAUGGCUGGUUUUGAAAAGGGGCAGAAUGGAACUUGGGAAUGCCCUACUUGUAUGGUAAACAAUAAGGCCAGUUCAGUGAAAUGUAUCGCAUGUGAAACAGGCAAACCUGCUGCUACUAGCAGUGAUACUAAAAGCAAUACAACUCUUACAUCCUCAUCAACUACUUCAACUACCUGGGAAUGUCCUACUUGUAUGAUAAUAAACAAACAAGACUCGGCUAAAUGUAUAGCCUGUGAGACCCCUAAUCCUAAACCUUCUAGCAGUAUAAAAGCAAAUAUACCAAAUACAUUAGGUGAUAAAUUCAAAAAACCUGCUGGAGCUUGGGAUUGUGAUACAUGCAUGGUAACAAACAAGGAAGGAGCAUCAAAGUGUAUAGCAUGCGAGACACCCAAGCCUGGUUCUGCUCCCAGUUCAGGAUUUGUUGGUUCAGGGGGCUUCUCAUUUGGCUCCUCUACAGCAACUGCAACAGCAGGAUCAUCAGGUGGACUUAAAAUAACAACUACCAGUGGUCUUACUUUGGGAGUUAAAAACAAUAAUGACAAAGAAAAGCCACAGUCCUCCAAUGGUGGAUUUAAAUUUGGAAGCACUGUUUCCGACUCUAAAAAAGAUACAAUAUCAAAUGUAAGUGGAGGCUUCAAGUUUGGUGCUGCUAGCUCAAAUAAAGACACUGAUGCCAAAGCAAGUGAUACAAGCAGUAAACCAGCAAUCACAGGUGGAUUUAAGUUUGGAGGUGAUCAGUCAAAUGAUAAAGCAUCCGAAGCACCUAAAGCAACUGGGGGAUUCAAGUUUGGAGCAGUAAAUACUGACAAAGAUGCCUCUAGUGCAAGUGGUACUAAAGGAUCCACGCUAGGUAGUAUAAAAUUUGGGGUAACUGCCACUACUAAUUCAACAGAUGUAAGUAAAGAAGCUGGAGCUACAUUAGGCUCAAGUGAAACAUCUAAAGCAGAUACUAUAAAAACUAUAGGAGGAUUCCAGUUUGGUAAUUCUAAGACAGACGAAAAAACGAAAACAGUAGCAUCAGCUGUUAGUGGCCUGAGUAGCUUAAGCAAUGACAAACCAGUUGGUGGUUUUAGUUUUGGAACUGCAAAGACAGAAACGUCCACAACUGCUAUUGGAGCUCCUAAAUCUUUAGUAACAACUAGUUCUGGUUUUGGUUCAGGAAGUUUGAAUUCUGGUUCUGCUACUACAGAAUUCAAAAGUGCAUUUGGACAGACUGCUCUUACAACAGCUAGCGACCCAUCUAAACCUGCUGUUGGUGGCUUUGUGUUUGGUAAAGAUACCUCUAGUGCUCCAGCUACUUCUACCUCAAGUGUUGGUGGAUUUGCCUUUGGAGAUGCAUCCAAGACAACAUCAGCGCCAUCGUCUGACGUGACUUCCAGCACAGUGGGUGGGUUUAGCUUUGGUAAAACAGCAACAUCUGCAAGUGCUCCAACUGCUGGUGGGUUUGGUGCAAGUACACAAUCUUCUACAUUUGGAGCACCAUCGACUACACCUGCAGCUGGUAUGUUUGGUGCGACUUCAUCUACCCCUUCAGCUGGAGUGUUUGGUGCGUCAUCAACUGCUCCUAUGUUUGGUGCAAAGACUGAUGAUACUAAGAAGACUUUAUCUUUUGGUGCUCCGACCACACAAAAACGCAGUCUUGAUAGUGAUGAUGGUCCCAGUGCAUCCAAGAAAACAACUGCAGGAUUUGGCUCAUCUGCCCCAACAUCUGGCUUCAACUUUGGUGACUCAACAGCUAAGCCUGCAGGCAAUGCUGUAUUUGCAUUUGGCUCUAAAGAACCUGAGAAACCAGCCGCAGCUCCCAGUGGGGUAUUUGCAUUUGGGCAGCCAGUCUCUGGGGCCAACACCGGAACACUUGGUGGUACAGGAACACUUGGGGGAGCAGGAACACUUGGGGGAGCAGGAACAUUGGGCACUACUGGAGGUUUUGGUGGAUUUGGACAGAGUAGUAAUACAACUGCUGCUCCAGCUCCAGCAUUUGGUGCUCCUGCCCCAACUACAACCCAACCACCGGCGUUUAAUGCAGCACCAUCUACAGGCUUCAACUUUGGGGCCCAGGCAUCAACAGCACCCCCAUCUGGUGGAGUUUUUCAGUUUGGACAGGAAAAGCCAGCUGCAGCGGAUCCUCAGCAGCCAGCUAACACGGGCUUUGCUUUUGGUCAGGCUGCGGCCCCUGCUGCUCCACAGGCGAACCAAGGUUUCAACUUCACUGGAAGUGCUGCUCCCAGCAUGAACUUUGGUGGAGCUGCCCCUCAAGCCACUGCUCCAGGCUCAGCAUUCGGCUUUAACGCUCAACCAGCGGCUGUGUCAUCUAAUCCUUUCCAGCCUACAGCCCCCUCUGCUGGUGGCCAGAAGCGAACCAUCAAGCGUGCUGUUAGGAGAACACGACCAAAAUAACAAACUUCACUUAUCAUUCACACGUCAUAGCUGAACUGGAUGUGUGCAUCACUGAAUAUCCAACAGAUAUAAAAGAAUAAUUUAAAAUACAAUAUUUUCAACGCAUAUGAGACACCUGAAGACAAUUUAUCACACAAUGUGGCACAGGACAAUAUGUUUAAAAGGCUUGGUUUUUAAGAAGAAACACUAAGGAGUUGGUAUGCGAAAAGUACAUAGUGUAAUGGAUAAUACAGACACAAUAUACAUGAGGCGUACCAUGAUGAAGUUAUAGAGAAAGCGAAUUUUCAUACACCUUUUUUAGAGGAAUUUGGAAGGAAUGUUUUAAGUGAAGAGAUGUGAUGUGUUGCUAUGUCCACAUACAGACACUGUUAAUUGUAUUGCUGAAAUCAUGACUAGGGGAUUUGUUAAACCAGUGAGUAAUAAAGGUGAAGAUCACACAAGUAGGUAUUUGAGUAAAAAUUAUGUCAAAUUUCGAUUCAAUGAAAAAUCAAUUUCAAUUUAGCUUUUCUUUAUGUAGAAACUUCACUUCACUUCAUACAAUAAACAUUUGCAAAGACUAUGGGUGAUGGCCAAUAGAACUACAUAUACAUCACCUGAUCCCCACAUUAGUUAUUUAAAUGAAACGGGGGGGGGGGGGUUUCAGUGCUUCGCCACAAGAUAUUUUAUCAGAAAAGCUUUCUAUUGAAGUAUUUCUGAGGGUUACACACGUACAAAAUCCUUCGUUACGAAGAUUUUUGUCAAAAUGCUUUGUGAGGAAGCACUGAAACCCUGGUGUAUAACAGGCUCCAUUGUCGUAUAAAUCAAGUCAGUAUUAUUGCUUUAGAAGGGCUAUUACUAUUAAAACAUGUAGAUUAAUUCACAUUCUGUAGUGAGAUAAAGUAAAUUAAGGUGGCCAGAGUGGGAAUCAAUUUGUUAUUCAGGAAUUUUAUUUUAAUAGGCCUACCUAAAUGGAAGAAUAUUCAAGGAAACAAAAUUAGAAAUUUAAACUUGAGUAUCCUACCAUUACAAUGUCGUUAACAUUGCAGAAUUCAGACUUAGAUAAUAUAAAAAUAUUUAUUUUCAACACUUAGGACCACUUGAAAAGCUGAAUUCUGUAUGUAAUUGUAUAUAAGAUAACUACAUAAUAUAAAACAUGUACAAGUGUCUAAAACUAUGAUCAAUUAUUUGAAAGUUAUAUUUUAAAAGAGAUAUUAUACCCCACCAGGAUUUUUUGUCAGAUAUUUAAAUCUUGAUUAAAAUAUAUUAAUAUUACAUGUUUUAAAUUAUUUGAGUUAAAUACAGCUAAUAUUCGUGUAUUCUCUGAUUUUCACAAGGUGCUAGAGAUCGAAUUUUAUUACAGAAUAAUAUGAUCUGGAAAAUAUGAUUAAAUCAGUGGAAAUUUGACCACAGAUCGUCAAAUGUAAUACCAUAUACGUUAUUUCAACCAAACAAAUUGCAUAAAUAAUAUUAUUUCCCAGAAAAAAAUAUUGAAAAUGGAGGGACAAUUACAUAGUCAAGAUAUUUGAUUUUGCACAUAUGAAAUGUAGUACAAGAACUUGUUCAUAUCAUAUUUGUAAAUAAGAUGAAUAUAACUUGUGAUGUCACAUAUAUUGUACAUAAAUAUAUUAAAGCUGUGGUGGCUUUGUAAAUGAAGAAUUGAUCAAUGCAGGGUAGACAUUUGCAGUGCAAAUGGCCCUUUAAUUAACGGGAGACCGAGAGUACAGUGUACAAUAUAACAGUUGUGUUCAAAAGUUAAAUAUUGCUUAAAGCACAGCCACCACACGUGCUCACUUAUUCAUACUAAAGUCAGAGUCACUUUAAAAAAUGAGAAAAAUGGUUAUUAUUAAUUUUGAUGAAUUUGUUUGUAUUAGUUCAAUUUAGUUAAAGUUAUUAUGUCACCACUUUUGGUUGUGACAUAUUCUUACUUUCUCCCGACUCAUCUGUGACAGCAGUUUGUGUCUGGCAAUUAGUGUCUGUAACAAAUGGCAGGUGGUGACAUUUUGCAUGUUGAUGCUUUAUUAUAAAAAUUAUUGAAAGU